AUGCUUCUGAAGCUCCUGCUGUUUCUUGGUGCCCUGGUUAGGGUCACCGAGCCUGCCCCACGUUGUGAACCCGGCCAGGAAACCUUAGGACAAUGCCAAACUGGAGAAAAAGCAAAAUGCGUGGACAUCACCUUAAGCUCUUGUAGUGAUGUUUCCUACACCAAAACAAUGUAUCCUAAUUUGCUGGAUCAGAAGUCCAGAGAAGUGGUUGAACUCAGCUCCGAAUAUAUUCUCAUGAGUGUGCUACACAACUUGCUUCAGGGAGAAUGUAAUCCUGAUCUGAGACUCCUGAGCUGCUCAAUACUGGCUCCACAGUGUGAAAAAGACAAAAUGAUAAAGCCCUGCAGGCACGUCUGUGAAAACCUGAGAAAAAAUUGCCUUCCUGCAUUUGACACAAUAGACAUGGCUUGGCCCUACUUCUUAGACUGUGAUCGCUUCUUUGCUGGUGAAGAAGAAGGUUGUUUUGAUCCACUGGCAAAGCUACGAGGGGAGCCAGAAUUAGCUGAGGAAGAUUUACUUGUGGAGGUGCCUACAACUUUAAUUCAGUUCACCCAUCAUUCGUAUUCCAAAAUGGUGAGCAUUUUGAAGAAGACUGCUUCUAGGUGCUCCCACAUUGCAAGAACUUACAGCAUUGGCCGUAGCUUUGAAGGGAGAGACCUUUUUGUGAUUGAGUUUUCAACUAAUCCUGGACAUCAUGACCCGAUGAAGCCAGAAUUUAAGUAUAUUGGAAACAUGCAUGGAAAUGAAGUUGUUGGGAAAGAAUUGUUAAUAUACCUUGCACAAUACUUGUGCUCUGAAUAUCUCCUUGGGAACCCCAGGAUCCAGACUUUGAUAAACAACACUAGAAUUCACCUUCUGCCUUCGCUGAACCCAGAUGGGUAUGAACUUGCUGCAGAAGAGGGAGCUGGUUACAAUGGUUGGAUUAAUGGACGUCAAACUGCUCAGAACCUUGAUCUUAACAGAAACUUCCCUGACUUGACAUCUGAAGUUUACAACAGAGCUGGGCUCCGAUGGGCACGCCUAGACCACAUCCCCAUUCCACAAUCCUAUUGGGAGGGUAAGGUAGCACCGGAGACAAAAGCAGUUAUGAAGUGGAUGAGGGCUAUACCAUUUGUAUUGUCUGCCAGUCUCCAUGGAGGUGAAUUAGUUGUUACCUAUCCUUAUGACUUCUCAAGGCAUCCACUGGAAGAGAAAAUGUACUCCCCUACUCCUGAUGAGAAGAUGUUCAGAUUGCUGGCUAAAGCAUAUGCAGGUGCACAUCCAAUCAUCUCAGACAAAUUGGAAGCCCGUUGUGGUGGAAACUUCGUUAAACGAGGAGGCAUUAUAAAUGGUGCUCAGUGGUACAGCUUUACUGGAGGUAUGGCAGAUUUUAAUUACCUUCACACAAACUGUUUUGAAAUCACCUUGGAGCUGGGAUGUGAAAAGUUUCCUUUGGAGGAGGAACUGUAUUCAGCCUGGCAUGAAAACAAAGAAUCCCUUCUGACUUUUAUGGAAAUGGUACACCGUGGGAUAAAGGGAAUUGUGUCUGAUAAAUUUGGUAACCCAAUAAAAAAUGCCCGAAUUUCAGUCAAAGGGAUCCGACAUGAUGUUAUCACAGCUGCCGAUGGAGACUAUUGGAGACUCCUACCUCCGGGAAGAUACAUAAUCAGUGCUCAUGCUAUAGGAUAUAGCAAGGUGAUGAAGAGGGUCACUCUGCCUGCCAAGAUGAAAAGAGCUGGGAGGGUAGAUUUUGUCCUUCGAUCUCUAGAUACAAAGCCUAAACAUUUUCUCCGAGGGCCCAUGGAAGACAUAUAUGAGCGAUACGACCCAUUGGAACAUUUCGAUCCUCAUGCCCAACAUGCACAGUCUGAACCAAGAGAAGAAAGAGGGCAGCCUACACGGCACAAUGAGAAGCCUUGGUGGUGGUCUUACUUCAGCUCUCUAGGCCAACAUAAACCACUGUGGUUGCUCAAACAGCGUUAA